GGAGGUGUGCUACUUCCGCCUUCUGACUUGUUACGUCGCAACCGUUAACAAGUAGCAAUGUGAGAGGUGCGAAGCGAGAGGCAACACCAAGGCGAAAAGCACAGAACUUCGCUUCCCGUUCCUCGCCCUCUCCUCUAACCCAACACCCACCCGCUAUCUCGGCUUGAACAGAAUACCUGGGUCGAAGCACCAGCCGAACUCGGACAGCCGGACUUCAGAGAUCUCCAGACGGCAUGGGAGAAACAACAGUUAGAGAGGAUGGUGCAGUGAUCCGAUCAGCUGAGUAUGUCGGGUCGUUUUCGGUGGACGACAGCUGCCUGGAUGAGCAGAUGGAUCAGUUGCACAGGAACCUGAAGACCCUGAAUACAUGCAAGAAAAGUAGGCCUGUAUCCCUCAAGUUCUCCAUCAAAGGCGUGAAAAUGUAUGACGAGGAUGAAACGACCCUCCUGAUGGCCCACGCCCUUCGUAGAGUGUCACUGUCCACCGCUCGGCCCAGCGACUCCCAGUUCUCCUUUGUCUCCCACAACCCGGGCAGCGCCGACGCCCAGCUGUACUGCCAUGUUUUCAGAGCCAGACACGCCAGAGCCGCUCAGUUCCUGAACCUUCUGCUGUGCCGCUGUUUCCAACUAUCUUAUUUGGAGAAGCACCCGGACGAAGCCCAGGAACUUUCUUCCGGCUCCGCACCUCGACGUAACCCGUCGCUUCUCAACCAUGGCUUCCCGCUCAGUGUUAGCGCCCUGGUGUCUUUCAGAAGAGCUCCCUUUCUAGGCUUGAUGUUCGGAUCCAAGAAAGAUUCCAAGGUUUGUGACGAGCAGCCCCUUGGCAGCCAAGACGAGGUCUUUCCCACCUACUCGCCGUCCCUGGUGCGCAAGAAAGCCAUCCGCAACAAAGUGCUACGCUCCGGGGCUUACCGCUCCUUCACGUUCACGCCGCUCAAGCAGCGCCACGUGCAGGAGCGCCUCAGCGCCUCACAAGUAGAAAAGGACCAAGACAAGAUCCCAGCAAGACGAUCCCGGACUCCGAGCCUGGCCGAAACUGAGGAAGCGCUGGCUCAGGCUGUGUGGUGUUGGGAUGGUAUCGCAACUGACAGUAGCUACUCCCUCCUGGCUGAUGACGUUUUGGGAUCCUACCUCCUGUGCCCGCACCCCAAGAAACCCAAAAGCGGAUCACUCAUCAUUCGCUUCCCAUCUGGCCUCAUCACCCACCUCAUUCAAAACACGCGUAAAGGGAAUUUUCUCUUGGAGAAAUGCAAAGCUGAAUUUAGUUCCAUCGGAGAGCUGAUUGAACAUUACACGGAGACCCAGGAUGGACUGCCGUGCCGGCUGAGCUGUGCUCGGGUCAACCACUGCUACGAGUGGGAGGAGGAAGUCUACGCAGAGCCCAAAGCCCAGGAGCUAGACACAAACUUGAACAAAAGCAGAAUGCAGAGGAUUGGGAAAGGAAAGUGGAUGAAAUUUGGACACUAGAAGUGGGCAACUGCUAACCUUUUUUCUUUUUGUGCAUGUCAUCCUUCCCUAAGUCACAUUACGUGUGGUGGGACAUUUCAAAGUUUAUUAAUGCUUAGCGCACCUUUUUAUUCACCGUGUUGGCACUUCAAGUUUGUGUAAUGUAUAGGCCAUUUGUUCAAGGCUGUUGUUUUUGUAUUUGCUGCUUUUAUGUUUUUAUAUGUGUAUUUUUUUAAAUCAAGUUCCACAGUGUUUAUAAGGCAUGUACUUGUCCUACAUAGUAUUUGCUCAAUCUUUAUGGAAAAGAGCCCAGGUUGUUAAAUCUGAUGGCAAAGCUGUUUUUCCCCCUCAGUGUUCAAGAUGCUGCAAAUAUAUUUGUUUCAAU